AUGUUCACCGGCCCUAACCGGCACGCACGGCUAUCUCGAGAGCUUGUCAAGCGUGAGUCGGUCGGGACUCUCGCCACGGUUUAUCCUUCUGAUUACCGUAUCGCUGGACUUGCUGCCAGUACACCUGGUAAGACGGCAAGCUUUACGGUCAGGGUCGGAGAGUCACCGAAUGGAUUUGAGCCGGACGUGGGAGGGUUCGAUGUGGGGGUAGAUCAGGUCCCAAUGAGUGGUUGGGAUGAUCCAACUCCGCUCAGUGGAAUGGUGAAUCGGGACCCGCCGAGCAAUCAGAAAAACCCCGUUAGGACGGGAUGGCGGGGUUGGGGCAAAAGCAUGUUUGCCGGCUGGCAAGCGAAAGCGGCUGAGCGAGGCCCGGCAGCGACGGCGCGAGUUGCGUUGAUGGGGAAUGUCACCGUUUUCUAUGGUGUGACAGGCGAGGGAGACACGGAAGCCGACCUGGAGGCCCGUCAAAUGUCAGAGUGCUUUUGGCUAAACAUCCUGACGCAAAGUGGUGGGUACCCGGGCGUCCUGGAGCGCCUCAUGUGGCGUGGUGGGCACGGUUCGAUCCUCAAGCUGUAUUCUACGUGGGAGGGUUUGGAAACGAACACUAUAUCGGGUGGAUACCAGUGGAACUAUAUCGUAAUAGUUCAGCUACGAACGCGUAUUUUUAGGGCCGAGCUCACGACACUCUACUUUGUGCUCUCCGUCGUCCACUGCGUGCUCCAAGUCAUCCUUCAACUAGCCGCACAUGCAAUCAAUGUCAAUGCUCGGCACUUGGUUACCCACAUCCUCGAGCAGGCCAAGCUCACAAUGGACAAAUUCGCUCUCGUGGAGAACAAGCGUCGGGUUCCUCAAGUACGAACAACCGAUCUGACACUCACAUUGUGCAGGGGCAUUCCCGGCCAAUUCGGGUUUACGGGGAAAGAUGUCUGUGAUGUACUAUGGAGCCAGAGUCGGGGCUUGGUCAAUGACACUGUCGAAGACUUCCUUUCUCCCAGUUCCGAAAGUGAUGACAACAACAACAAAUCGAGCUCGGAUUCUGACGACGACAAGACAACGUCGCCUCUUCCCGUACAAGCACCGACUGUCUCGUUCUCGUCAACGCGCGCAUCUUCGACUUUUGCAUCCUCAACUUCCAAUUCAGUUUCAACUUUUCCUGUUGCACCUACACUUGUCAGCUCGACGCCGACUUUAUCUUCAACUUCCCGACGCACAACUACUUCUCUUUCUGUUUCUAUAACUACUACAUCUUUUGUCGCAUCUACCAGUAGCCCUCAUGAUUCACCUACAUCUUCAACAUUCACUUCGUUCCCUUCCGAGACCUCUACAACAACCGGUCCCACCGCGCCGACUGGCAUUCAAAACCUUAUCAGACCGAGACCAGGCUCUGGAUCGUCGGACUCGGGCUCGGACAAUGAUACGGGGGUUAUCUCAGCUCACUUCGUGCGAAGGCGAGCACUCAAGCAGAGGUCCACUGUCUCUGAGAGCAGAGAUAGCACAAGGAAGGUCUUCGAUAGGGAGAAGCUUAGGCCACUUUCCCUGCCUCGCUCUCAACCUCGCGUCCCCUCCCAAUCAUCCUCUGUCGACAUCGAUGAAUCUCAUCCCGAUCUCAAAACACACAUUCGCCGUGCACGCGUCGCUCCCAUAACUAACUCUCUACUCAAGCGCACUCUAGAAGGAUCAACAUUAGAAUAUAUUCCAAUCGCCCCACGAGCCGUCGAUCCCAUGCGAUUUGUUUCUCGUCACUCGAGACGUACCAAGCGUUCAAGAAACCUAACUGCCCGGUCACCCUUCAUCUCGGACGAACAAGAUGUCAAAAUUACACCCAUCUGGAGAUUCGAAGUCGACUCGGAUGACGAGAAGAAACACCAAAGCGGGAAUCUGGCCGGGAAUUCGACUGUCCCAAUGAAUAUGAACCGAGGCAAACCUAUUCUCGUCUCCGUCAAGAUAUCUGGAUUGGUUGGCCCCGGGAUGGGCGAUCAGCAAAUCAUGGCCGGGAACGGUACCGCAGCUACCUUUGGUGACGUAGAACUUUCUCCCGGAUGUGCACUCGCCUUGUCAUGGCCCGCGCAAGUGCUGCGUGAUUUUGCUCGGGAAGAUCUUGCCAUGAUCGGGUUCCAGGUCUGGUUAUUGGGAAUGAGUGUGGUCGCUAUUCUCAACGAGAGUGUCCCUCACAUGGUCGCGGGACUAUUCACGCAAGCACUUUCUACAGGGUGGUCCGCAUUCCAGAUGGCACGGUCUGCUUCGUUCCGAGCACAAUACGGAGAAACGAUCGUUCGUGGAGCUUGCUCAGGAGUCGACGUGCUUCCCGAAUACUUUACUCAUCGCACAACAGACGAGAUUCCAAUCGUGGUCUUCAAUGCAGUCUUCUUGAUCACAAUGACGAUCUUGUCAUGGAGGGUCUGCAAGGUCUAUGGGUGGCAAACUUUCAAGCGUAUCGGCGCUUCCAGAGUCAUGAAUCGGGCCUAUCGUCUUGUUCUGGCGUUCAGUAUCCAUCUGCAAUGCGCAGUUUAUUUCUUCGUCACAUCCAGUGCUCUCUGGGUCGAUGAGCUUCUCAAUGGUUCAAUUGCUUGUUUCGCGGAACACCAGGGGCUUUACAAAGGGGUGUUCAUCACAAGCAUCUUGCUUUUACUCCCUUGGUUGAUCCUCGGUUGGAUUGGCGUCCGCCGGGAGAACAAACUCAUGAUGCACGCUUUCUUGAUCAUCAGCUUGCUCUUCAUCACGGCCUGGGCUGCCAUGUUUGCUUCAGACGUUUAUCGAUGGUCAUUUGCUACCUGGCCGUUUUUCGCAGCAAUGACCGUCACAUCAUUUGUGGUCUUGGUCGCAACCACCGGCCUUGCUAUCGUUUGCAGGUACAACUUCAAGAAAGGUCUAGCUCUAUUCUUGCAAUCUCAGCAGAUCCUUCCUAGUGGUGAUUUCACCGACGCCAUGCCUGACCCGGAAAAGGUUGGCUUUCCGGCUCAGCGGGCUGGAGAAGAGCUCCCGACUUUUUCCGUCGCCUUUGGCCAUGGCGGAGUCCCUCAGCCCCCUUCACAGAUGUUCCCGGUACAACCAGCGGCUGCCGUCUCCCGUAGUACCACACUGAGCAACGAUCGCCCAGCUGGAUAUUCGGUCAAUCCGUAUGUCACCAACAGAUCCGACUUUUGGGGAGAGGGGAAUGUCGCUCGUAGUGCUUCUAUGCGAAGCAAAUCGAGCACUGACACGAGCUCUGCGCCCACUAUCCGUUCGACGGAUCCUAUGCUGUUUGACCAUGACAUUCCGAGAUACUCGUCCGAAGAAGAACCAGAUUCUGUCCGUCGCGAGCUCCCUCACCAUCCCACUUGUCGAUCCAACCUCAGACUCAAGCUCGGCCACAACUGGAUAGGGAUAGCACUUAUUCUUCGGGAACUACUGGGACGGGAACCGGUCAGUUUGAAGUGCUUCGUGAUGGGGUGGCAAAAGGUGGAUGCGCGAGAAUUAUAUCGGGCCAGUAUUGUCUCGGGCGUGACGCAUGCGAGCGGGUUCUCGGGUGCGUCAUGGGCGCGUGGAGAUGAUGCUGGGCCGUUACCUACAAGGGCCGCCGUUCCGGUACCACCUGUACCAGCAUACAGGCCACUACAGGCUCCACUCCCUGUUGCUGCUGCACCUCGCGCGUUUGUCGGUCUCCCUGGCAAGAACAUUAAGCCCCAAACGACGGCCAGCGGGCGUGUUACUCAGCAGUUUUCUCCUCCCCAGGCGACUGGUGUACUGGGUGGCGUUGCUGUACCACCAGGGUGGUGA